CGCGCAUGCGCGCGAUCCGCUGCACCUUUGCAGCUCGCCGCCCGAGGUCUGCAGCCCGCCGCCCGAGGUCUGCAGCAUGCCCGGCCCCACUCCCAGCGGAACCAACGUGGGGGCCUCCGGCCGCUCCCCCAGCAAAGCCGUAGCCGCCCGGGCCGCCGGCUCCACCGUGCGCCAGAGGAAAAAUGCCAGCUGUGGAACCAGAAGCACCGGUCGAACCACUUCGGCAGGAACUGGGGGAAUGUGGAGAUUCUACACUGAGGAUUCCCCCGGACUCAAAGUCGGGCCCGUUCCGGUGCUGGUUAUGAGCCUUCUGUUUAUCGCGUCCGUGUUCAUGUUACACAUCUGGGGCAAGUACACGCGCUCGUAGACUGGAUUCAUCUUGAACGAGUGCAUCGUGGACCAAAAGCAGUGCUUCGAUGAAGGUUUCUGAAUGCUAACCAUCGUUGAAGGGGACUCUUGAAAAACAACCCCCCACCAAGAUAUCUGUUGGUUUUUUGGGUUUUUUUACUCUAGCAAAUGACCUUUUUAACUCAUGAUCUCAAACCUGAUUUAUGGAGCCUUUUGAUGACAAAUUAUUGACCAUUCGUCUGUAUCUACAAGCUUACCCGUGUUGUAAUAAAAGCAGAAAAGGAUUGUG